AUGGCAGGUAGUUUGACUGGUGUACUAACACCGUAUGCUCAAAUGGUGGUUUUUAGAAGGAUGCAAAAGUCUGUUCGUUGGCAAGCAACACAGAUCCCCCAACAGAUCUCGUCUCCCGUGUCGGCAUAUGUCUAUGAAGUAUUUGAUUUUAAAACAACUUGUGUUGUAGACCUUAACGAUCGUACUUGUUCGUGUGGAAAAUGGAGCAGUCUCGGUAUAGCAUGUGGUCAUGCCAUCGCAGCAGCACGUGAUUCAAACAUGCAUGAAAUAGUUAAUUUGGUUCAAGUAUAUUACUCUGCUGAUGUAUUUCAGCUCGUCUACCAGACAUAA